CUCAUCCAUCUCAUGGACACCCAUCUCGAUGGCGACAAGCUCCACAGCGCAGCCCAGCUCCCGCGAAAGUCGCCCUCCACGAGGAGCGCGAAGGCCGGGGGGCUGUCCCCUAUCGCCGUGCCCUGCAGGCGAAUGCCCACCGGAGCUUUAGGGGAUGAACUCGCCGCUGCUACAGUUGCCCUCCCCGACCUCCACCCUUACUCCCGAUGCGACACAUUCCUCAGGAUCGUCUACCCGAUCCAUCUCGAGGUCGAGCUACACCAGCCACGCCACAGACCCUGACAACCUCAAAGCUACUUACUCUAAACAGGGCCCGGCGUCCUCCUCUCCUUCGCAUCCGCUCAGCCCGCACCUGCGCCGGCAGCUACGCUACCUCCGCGCGCAGGAAGCCCUCACAGCGACACUCCAAAUCUGCGAAUCCGAACCGUCGCCAACCGAGUUGCAGAUCCGCGCGCUCGAGCGCGCGACGGCGGCCCUCAGCGCGCAGGCACAGGAGGCGCGCGAGCGUGCUGCACAGCUGCGUGCGUGUCUCGCGGAUGCACGCAAGGCUGCCGCAUCAGAGUCUGCACAGCAGCUCGAGCCGGGCGAGCUCCGCGCCUUGCAGCGCGAGCGUUGGAUGGCAGAACGUAGAUCAGCCGCGCGAGAAGAGCAAUCUAAGGCCACGAAGCAGCUGCUUUCGAGGCUUCUCUCAGGCGAAGGCAGUGAACAUGACAUUACACGUCGCAAGAUCUCGCAUAACGACGACGCACGUCGGAUGGUCGCCGCUGACGUGAAUAUCGUCCGCUACUGUGAGCGGUCGCAGACGCGCGUGCCAGUGCUGUUCCCCGGCCCACGGUCGCACCGCGCGACGCACACGCCUCCACGGCGAAAGGUGAUCAAUCGCAUGCGCUCACUACGCCUGCGCCCGACGAUUAUAUGUACGCCGCAGUCUGCCCGCCAGGAAAAUGGAUCUAGGCAAUCCACUUCUAUAUUUACGAUGGUGAACGGUUCUUCAUCGGACUCUCCCGCCAAUCCUACCUCGGCGCUUGAGCCCGAGCGCUCGUCAUCUACACAACACGCUGGCACCCGCCGUGUCCACUUCACGCCCGAACCAUCAGCUCCUUCCUCACCGUCUCCGUCAUCGCACAUCGAAGCAGGCACCGCGAGCAUCUACAUGUCUUCUCUCUCGCAUCCGCGCACGGCCGACGAGCUCCUCCACGACAUGGACCUCGCAGACAUCGCCGAAAACCCGGGCGUCCCCGAAUACGCACUCGAGCUCCUUGAUGCGCUUGUCGCGCGCGAGCUCGAUGUCUCGCUCGCGCCAUUGCCUGCUGCCACUCGGAGGACGAUCGCACAGUCGAGGUCGGAGGCUGGGAUGAGUGGGGAGGGGUCCAAUGUAAGGGAGACGAUGACGCCAACGAGAGAGGAAACGAGAGGCCUCAGUGUCGAUCCCGUCGCAUCCAUCACCGUCGAUCGCGAGCUCGAGAUCGACGAAGGAGCGCAAGCGGUUUUCGGCAAUGCCCUUCGCGGGCGAGAGAGCGCGGACCACGAAGGAGGACGGAAGCACUCAUAGCGGGAGCCCAAGCGUUGUCUCGCGAGUGCGGAAGCGCUUUUCCAGCUUCUCGCUGCUUGGGAGGCGGUGACACGUGUCAAGGCGGUUACGAUUCGCUUGCAUGGGGAGGACUCGAGACGCAUUCAUGCUUGGACUUGAGCUGCAUUUUGGACAAGCUUCGCAUAUGUAUGUAUUAUAUUGCUGUACGCAUCCUC